AUGUACCCAGCCUUGAUUUGGAUUCGUGCCGUGACAACGAAAGUCCCCAUGAGACAUGAACCGGGUGAUGACUACGAUCCUGACUGGGAGUCGUACAUUGAGAAGGCUAAAGGCGCGGAAUCGAGCCACAGAUCAGAGAUGCCAAGUGCCGCCGAGUCCGGCGUGGAGAUGAGCUCCUGUGAUGCCCUUACCAGUUCCUCUGUGUCGCCAGAGCCUGAUGACAAAGAGCUGAGGCCUAACGGCCUUGAGUAUGUCUAUGAACGCGACUCCUUCGCUGAAGACCUAGGUCCCUCAAAACAAGUGCCUACCGAGCCGCUAGAUCAAUGCCCGUCCGAAACACACAUGACACCCAGCGCUGCUGAGGCGAAGUCGAUUGCCAUACCACUGAGUUAUGAGUCCGAGCAAGAGCUUGACGAUGCAAGCUACUUUGACAUACUAGAGCAUAGCUAUAAAGAGCUUAGGCCUAUGGGCCUCGAAUGCACAUUGGAAUCCGAGAUUCUCAUGCAAGACCUCGUUUGCCCAGAUGAAGUCAAGGAGCCUCAGUCAAUGGAGGCGAUCGGAUUUUAUGACGAGUUUCAUUCGGCCAAGUCCAGGUUGAAAUUUGAGUUAGAAACGUCGCCUAUGUCCAAGGAUGCAACUGUACUGCCAUUUAGCGGAGACUACUACCUUACAUAUGCGCGAGGAGAGCGUGUCUCAGAACAGGCAAUGGCAACGGAUGUCUUAUGUCGAAGUAAGGUCGAGCCUAUGUCCCCCAGCAUGAGCCCACGCCACAACGUGUUUAUUCCCAAACCGUUGUUACUGGUUGAACAUCUCAUCCCAGCCAAGGCAACCAGAGUAGUGCCGGCCAUAUCACUUGAUCAAGAUUAUGCCAAGUUACCCCCGCGCGCGCUGAUCCUUACGCCAGAGACGUGCAGAUCCAACCGGCCGAGGCUUAGUGAUAGCCAAAAUCCUAUUUCACAUAGUGCUCCAUGCCACUCAAAACCAGCCAUAGCAGUCGGCCAUGUCAAAUGCCUAGUUGAGACACGCUGCGAGCAUUCCGCUGAGCCCCAAGCCGAACCUCCGUCCAGAGCCGAGUCUGAGUUGGACCAGUUACUUAACGACUUAGAGUCGUUCAUCGUUGAAGACCGUAAUGACGCUGAGACCCCCGUUGAGCUUGGGGACGCCAAGUCAUCGAGUCCAGAGGUGACUCGCGCAAUGUUCUGGUCUUCAAAUCAACCACUGCAUGAGUUGUACAAUGUCAACCAAGAUAUUGAAGUACCCGACAAUGCUAAAACGUUGCAUGUUGAGCCUGAGCUGGAUGAAGGCUAUAUCCCGCUGCCCGAGAAAGACCCAGAUAAGACCUUAGAGACACAGCACGGUCUGGGCAGCCAGUCGGCCCCACUUGUGCGUGAGCCUGGAACAAACCCAGAGGCCCAGCACACCCAGGUCACCGAGUUCCCCGGUGACACCCACACACUCGCGAUGCCGGAGGGCAUCUUUUCCCAAACUGCCGUGGAGUUAGAGGCCAAGCUUGAAGAGCUAAGGCCUCCCGGCCUUAACACACCUAUGAUGUCCAGGACAUGCGCGCUUGUAGACCGCUUCACAGGCACCCCAGCUGUAGCAUGGAAGUCCGAGUCCAGAUGCGAACCAAGACGUAGCGGCCAGCUCAAGACUAAAGAGCUCAAGCCUCCCUGGCGACGCUGA